GCAUCCUGGAACGCCCUCAUCAGCGCGGCAGACUACACCGAGACAAUGUGGCCGGGCCGCCACAUGGACCGCCUGCUCACAGUGGUGUACCUGCCCCCCUGCCUCUUCUUCCUGCUGGCCACGCUGAAGCUCAGCGCGUGGACGCGGCUGCGCAUCCUCGUGGCCUACGGUGGCUUUGCGCUUACGCUGCUGGUGAUCCCGUUGAUGGACAUUUUCGUCGUCGGCAACCAGGACAAGGCGCCCGAGGGGGUGUACGCGGGCACGCUGCUGGUCGGCGCCCUCAUCGGGUGCUUGGAUGGCAUCGGCCAGGGGGCGCUGUAUGGGGAGGCGGCGCUGCUGCCGCCAGAGUACACACAC